CCUCACACACGCACACACACACAGAGACACACACACAACAGUCUAUACUGAACGCUCCGGGCUGAGAGCUAGCGACGAGUCGAGCGAAGGAGUUUCCGCGAAGCGAGAGAGGGAGAGAGAGCAUUGUCUGUCUGCGGUUGCUUGUAGGGGCGGAGUAGCGCGGAUAACAAUAAAGCAAAGUUGACGCAUAAUAAAGAAGGAAGGAAGGAAGGAAGGAAGGAAGGAAGAAGAGCAUUUGAAAAACCAACAACAAAACAAAGGAGUAGUUGGGAAAACAUCGAUGGAUAAGAUGACAUUAUUUUCAUGGAACGUUUUCCCGUUUUCCGUACAAGAAUAAUUUUCGAGAAUCUGUUUUCCAAGUCUAUGAACUUUUAAAAUUUGAUUUUUCCUGGACGGCUUUAUUCACAGUUCAAGACGCUUUAUUUCAGGUUCGUGGCCCAGCAAUGUGAUCCUUCCCCGUGAACGUGAUCUUAUUCCAAGAUCGUGAUCUUAUGUUAUUCUUUUCGGAUGUACGCUUUGUGUUCGGUUGAUAGUCGGGCAUUGUACAGAGACGAAUGAAUUAGUGAAGUGAAAUGAAGUGAAGUGCGAGCUUUCCUUACGACUUUCAGGGAUAUGAUACGAUACUCAAGACCGAGUCUGGCCCUGGAUUAUUAUAAACAAAGAUAACACAAGAUGCAAUUGAAGGGGAAACGAAACUACAAAGACGAGGGAAUGGACUGGUGGUAGAGUCAGCACUGUAUUCAAAGCCGCAAAAUGGGCACAGGCACAGUCUUUCGUUAUAUUGGAAGGAAAGAAAUAACACUUAGUAUAAAACUUCUCGACCACUACUUUGAGUUGGGUCUCCACUGUGCGGGGCCCACAUUGAAACCAAACAUGGUCAGAUUAUAAACGGAUACUGCGUUUCGAUUUCGGAAAGUUUUUACAAGCAGUUUAUUACACCCUGUGCUUUUGAUGAUUUGUGCCUUCAAAGGAUUAAAGUUUUUCGAGGUAAUGUUUUCUUGGGUAACUUAAUCAGCGUUUAGCAAAGUUAGCGCAGUUGUCUUUGUGUGCCUUGAAGCGCUGUUUUAUUUCCCCGAGGAAACGGAUGUCAUCACCCUGUUGAUGAAGCCCGCAUCUAAGACAUGUAUACAUUGUAUAGACGUGUAGUCAAACAUUCGUUUUAUGUUCAACAUACACACUGCACAUAAUUCCAAUUUCUGUUUGACGCAGUUCGGAGACCUCUGACAUUGAUUGACAAGAUUUAUGAUUUGAGGGAAGAACGCUCUGACAUGCUUCGAUCUCCCUAGAAGUGUGCGUGACAAAGAUAAUGUUUUUAAACGCACUGGCGUCAAAUGCCAAACACACAUAAAGCAAAAUCCGUAUACAAAUGUGCUCAGUUGGGCAAGAAAUAUCGACAGCUCUGUUUAAAAAAAAGGUUUAAAAUUAAAUAUUUUUGUUGAUCAGCAAACUGGGAUAGGCUACAUGUAUUUCAAAUUGCUGCUUGUCUAACAAUUUUCUGUAUGAAUGUUGUAGUCACCAUGUCAGUGACUUCGUUUUCCGGAUAAUGUGAUUUUCGUUUUGAACACAGCUGUGUUUGAUUUAUAUUAAUAUACUCAAGCCAGGAAAACUAUCUACAUUCGAGAUUGACUACCCUUCCAGUCCGUAUGCGUUUUCAGUGAUUCAUUGGGAACCUGAAUUCGAUUCCAUGAAUGGAGAACAGUCUUAAUGUUCAGCCUUGAGUCUCAUAAAUGCGGAUUAAAUUCUUAAUACUACUUAUGGUAACACCUUGAUAGUCGAGUAGUGGUAUUCAUUCAUUGGAUUUCAUUAUGUGAGAGAUUUCUGAAAAGGAUUAACGACGUGGAAAGUCAAAGUUCAUGACCACUCCACUGGAACACGUGAGAUGGUCGGGUGAGUGAAGAGGGUAGAGGGCUCACCCGCGCUCACAAGGGCCAUGGGGGCGAUCCUUGUGUCAGAUGGUCGGGGGAUGCUGCUGUCGCUGCUGCGGAUAGCGACAAUUUCCUGGAUACUGGGAUGCGUUGAUGGUUCACAGUACUCCCUGACGCCCCCGGCCCGGUAUGUCGUGUUUUCUGGUGACCUCAGCAUUAACUACACCAUGCCAGGGGGCGUGUCUUUACCCCACGCCUUUGUCAGACUGGAUUUCCAGCGACCGGGUAACAAAGAGCCGCUAGUGAUCACUACGAUGGGGUUGACCCUUGGUAAAAAAUCUGGGAAUCUCCGUGUGGCCUGCGGGGUCAUCGAGUUCGCCGGCACUUUCAGCCUCAAGAUGUUCUCCAGGGCUCACGGCGACCUCCUCACGGAAACGAGCCUCGAUGUGAGAUGGCCGGAAAUCGUCCUGUCACUCCCAGACGAACACGAAGCGCAGACGACAGCUGUAGAUUUACAGAUAAUCUCGAAAGCAAACUGUACCUCCGUCCUCCGUCGCCAUUAUCUGUUGGUCAGGUUAUAUUUCCAACAGGAGCCUGUGGAUACCUCAAACCUAGACCUGUCAAAGGCGACGCUUUUACAGCAAAGAAACUUCACGAAAGUUAACAACGCUUUCACAGUGAUCACUUUAGGGUGUCACCUUUUUGACCUGGACGGUUACUACCAAGCUGUCAUGGUGUCCAGUUCAUCUUCGAGCCCUAUUGUCGCCAAGAGCUACACAAUGUCUGUGAAGUGGAGCACAGCCUACCAUCUCCUUCUCCGAUCUCGCAGCCACACUAUCUUCCCAUGUGUCAACAGCGCCAAGAUCACAUACACCCAUCCAUCGUGUUCAGGGAAGGACAAAAUCAGGGCGUACUCUCUGACACGAACUGCUGAAGGGAGCUUCGCCUCGCCGUUGCAUCGACAGUAUAUCGAAGAAAAAGAGGCGAGGCCAGACGAAACACAAGUGACAUUCCAGUGCUCUGUGUUCAACCAAUCAGCAGCAGGAUUUUGCUUCGUGUAUGUCAGUGUGACGAGAAAAAAUUCCUUCACAGUGCAAAGAGAAUUGUGCGUCUCCGCCAGACCUGACUCAGUGUUCCCCCAAGAUGGCGGCUGGAGCACAUGGACGCCCUGGACCUCCUGCUCCGUCACGUGCGGGACCGGGAAGCAGAACCGGUACCGGAUAUGCAACGACCCCGCCCCCAAACAUGGCGGACGUUUCUGCGAAGGAGAGCCGAUGGAGUGGACGCCUUGUAAAGUGCACUGUCCAGAGUCCAUACCCCGCACUCCUCUCCACUCGCCCCCUAUAGACAAGAACUGCGCAUGCGGCUGUUCGAAAACAGAAGUCACAGGGGAGAUAAUCGCCACUGGCCGUUGCCAUGGUCUGUCUGCGUGGCUGGUGGAGGGCCCGGAGGGGAGCGCUGUGAGUCUGCGGUUCGAUUACUUCAACCUCAACUACACUCGCCAGUGGGUCAAGAUCAGGAACGGCGGAAAAGCCAGUGACGAUUUGCUCUUCUCCUCUACAAACAAGGGAUACCCGGCAGAGAUCACUUCUGGUCGGGUCAUGAGGGUAGAGUUCAUGACCUUCUACGUCACACCACCCCCAGCCGCCAUAUUCCCGAAGAACGCUUCAUUGCCCAUCCACGCGCAUGGGUUUAUUGCCAGCUACAACAUCAAAGCGAUCCCUCUCAGCAGUACGGCCACUAUCCUGUACCAGUACGAAGAGAAGACCUUACUGGGCAGCGCAGUGACCAUCGUCGGAAUCGUCAUCUGUGUAGCGGUCAUUCUCGUUGCCGUUAUCUUCGUGGUUCUCCAGCGUACCUUCUUCAAACGUCGCAUCAAGUACUCCAUGACCAUGUCAGGGGAGAGCCCAGCCCACGCCAAUCUGAAAGGCUCCACUUCUGAACAUCAGGUCUCCAGUGCGCAGAGCAGCAGUAGCCCGAGCAGUCCCGGUGCGGGAAUUCACGUAGACAUGGACGUCCCUCUGACGGGAAAAACCCGGAGAAAGAACAGUGGGAAUUCCCCAACCCACAAACAAGGGCGCUCGGGGAGGACGCCAAGCAUUUCCAGCACCAGCAGCCAGAAGGUAAAACGCCACAAAGGGAAAGGGGACGGCUCGAUCACGCCUUCAGGUCACAGCUCAGGAGGAACGCCGAAGAUGAAAGCGAAAAACUAUUCGUCAUCAACCAACCCGUAUGGUAUUGAAAUCAUAGACACCGACGAUCCCUCGGUUACUUUGAAAACGCCCUCUGCUUUUGCGAAAUCGCCACGAGCAGCGCGUAUACAGUCUUUAGGGAAUAAGCACUCUCCAGUCACGCCCUUGUCUCCGAUCUCAAAACUAGAUCUUCUCAAUAAGAAACGCCACGAAAAAGACAAAAAGGGCAAAGCAGCCGUUUCUGACAUUGACCGCGAGGUCACGGGGUCGUCAGGAUCCUCUACCCAGAGAUCAAGGACACCUUCGACGACCAAGGCCGAAGUGAACUGGCCACAUCCCGGGUUUGUUCGUGCGGCGUUGAACGAAGUAGGUCGGACAUUUUCUUCGGAUAAGUACAAGAAUAAAACGGGUCAGCGGCCACCUUCAGAGGAAAUCCCGCUCAUUGAGUCAUAUUCUAGUCAGGAAUCUCCGUCUCACAUCAACGACUUAGUCAAGAGUGACUCGGUGGAUUCAGCCACCACUUCGUUCAACCGACCCGGCAAAGCCCGUCGCCCAACGUCCUUGACCGAGUCCUACUCGAACGACGUAGUGCCUAGGCCAAAGUCCAGGUCAGACAGUAUGACUGAAUCAGCUCAGUUUUCUGGGCCGAUUGGAAACGACGAGUCAUCAUCCGACAAACCGUCUGAUUUGUCCGAGCUUACGAAACCAGUGCAAUCUUCUGCGUCGACAGCCGCAGUGUUACAUGUAAAUACCCCCGAAACCGUACCACCUUCUUCAGCAUCAUCAACAUCUGCAUCCACUCUGUAUCCCAGACCCAGACCUCCAGUUUUUUCAGCGCCUCGUACAACCUUUACAAAACCCACAGGAAGUAAAGACAUUUCCAAACAAUCAGCGUGCGAGGAAAGACAAGCAAUGUUGCCGAAACCCGAUGGACAAAGUCCAAAACCACCUCGUCAUCAGGAUCCAACGGACACCCGUAACACGAACAAUGCCACGUCUUCGAGUAUCAUGCAAGAACCUGCUCCUGCCAACGCUGCGCCUGUGCGUAAUGGCAGCAGCAAAAAUGAUACAAAACCGAAACUAGACGCUCAUCAUGCCAAUGGUGACAAACCAAAAGACCCCCGAGCUAGUCCUGGCAGAUUUGGCAGCAACAAAGAACAUUUUAGUCCGGGAAAGCUGAGUAAAACCAGCAGCAAAGGCAGCAAAACGACAGUCUCCUCUCCGGCCCGGAGUAUUACAACGCCGUCGGAAGUCGACGGACUAGAAUUAGAAUACGACGAUUUCAUAGAAGACGACCCUCUGUCGUAUUUUGAUUACGAGCAGACGCAGAAACUGGCCUUCAGGGGAGUGGAGAAGAUUGGUAACAAGACCCCUGUCGAAGAAGAGGAAGAGGAAGACGAGGUCUGACACCGGCUUCAGAAGGGUGGCGUCAUUUCAUCUCCAUCUGUUGAAAUAUUAUCAGUUAUAACAUCUUCACCACUCCAUGACGUCACAAGUCCUUCUUUCAUUGAAUGUAUGGAGUUUGAGUACGAUAGCUAUCUAGAAUAUUCUCCACUAACGUAUUUAGACUUCACGGAAACCCAGAGAUUUUGUUUUAGUGGGGUAGAAUCGGUGCUAGUAGACGUAGAAUGGGAACCAGAAUUGACAAAGUGCAUGAACACCAGUGUCAUUCAUACCAUUUGCCAAAUAGAAAAUUCAGAGUCACAAGAAACGUCUGAAAGUCAGGACAAUGACGAAGACGACGAUUCUGACGAACGUAAUGACAAUGACGACGAUGAAAGUAAAACUGAUUAUAAUGACGGCGACAAUGACAUGCUUUUAGAGAGCUGGGAAACUAUAGAUUCUUGUUUUAGCUUUUUAGAAGAAGAAGACAACUACCACGAGGACGACGACGACAACGACGA